AAAAAAUAGCUGGAAACGAGAAAAACCGGAACUCGAAAAUUCAAAUAGUAACUGCAUUGCGUUGAUGUGACAGUGAUUAAUUGUGUAAUUUACACUUGUGAUUUCACUGUUGCCAUAAGACAUUUCACGACAAAGACAUUCCGAUAAUCAACCCGCCUGUGAUUAUUGUCUAUUUUCUUCCUCAGAGCCACUCCGAGCGGCCGCCCGAGAAAAAGGUUGAUCGCGCGGGAAAAUCCAUCCAGGGUUAUAGACGCGCCUGGGAUUAUCUUUCAUUGCCGUUGUUGAUUUCGUGCGAGAGUGAUUUGAAGGAUCCAUGUAGGUUUCCCUCGCGCGUCGUUGUAAUCUGCACUUGCCGUUUGGUACAUCGAUUGUAGUAUAAAAGAGUCGCGCUUCGAUGUAAUUUCUAGGAAGCGUAAAUGGGUUUUAAAUGAACAUUUGGUGAUGCAUCCCGUGUAAACAUGGACUCGGUGAUUGCUCAAGGAUAUUAACCAUGGUGCAGAGCAAAGAAAAAGGUUUCCCCGUCCGUUACACAGUUGCUAUAGUGACAUCAGCAGUUGCCGUGGUGAUCACAGUGAUAGUGUACAUGACCUGGUUAUAUUGUAGACGGAAACGGAACCGGUUUCAGUGGUACGAAAGUUCGGACGAGGAGUGCUCACCAAACGUUAUACAGUCAGGAUCCCGAUUAAAGAUAUCACAGAGCACUCCAGAACUCAAUAAACAUUUCCUCGACGAAGAUGAAAUUUUGGGCAAGAAGGGUAUCUUCAGAUUAACAAAUAUCCGACAGUCAACCCUUCCAACUGUAUCACAGCGUCACGAGUUGUUCAAGCGUCAGCUUUCUCAUAAACUGGAUCUUUCUAACAUAGAAUUUCAAGUUCAAAGCGUGAAACACAAGGAACAACCCAGUCUUGGAGUAAUUAAACCAGAGUUAUAUAAACAGGUGUCCAUAGACAGUGUCAAAAGUGAGCAUUGUGUUUGCGGAAAAUUAUUCUUCACACUCACGUACUCCCAUGAAUCCGAAAGCCUCGUUGUCAAUGUACUGCGGUGCGAGGAUCUUCCCGCCAAAGAUUUUUCGGGGACAUCUGAUCCUUACGUCAAAAUAUAUCUCCUGCCUGACAGAAAACAUAAGUGUCAGACUAAAGUCCACCGAAAAACGCUGUCCCCAGAAUUCAAUGAAAAAUUUGCCUUUUCAGUCCCUUAUAAAGAACUGACAUCACGAGUGUUGCAGUUUAAUAUAUACGAUUUUGAUCGUUUUUCCCGCCAUGAUCUCAUCGGUACUGUAGUCGUGAAGGAUAUUUUGUGUGAAGGAAGCUUAGCAAAUGAUACAUUCUUUGUUCGAGAGGUACUCAGUGCUAAUCAGGAGAAGUUUGACCUUGGUGAGUUGAUGUUGUCCUUGUGCUAUCUUCCAACCGCUGGGCGCCUUACAUUAACGGUCGUCAAGGCUCGGAACCUGAAAGCCAUGGACAUUACAGGGGCGUCAGAUCCAUAUGUGAAAAUCUCGCUGAUGUGUCAAGGUAAGCGAAUCAAGAAACGGAAGACGUCAGUCAAGAAGAGCACACUCAACCCAGUCUAUAACGAGGCUCUGGUGUUCGACGUUCCACAGGAAAACGUGGAUGACGUGUAUUUGGUGGUCAAAGUUAUUGAUUACGAUAGAAUAGGAAGCAAUGAGGUGAUGGGAUGCUGUGCUUUAGGGCCUAAAUACAUCGGGCUCGGGAGAGACCACUGGUUCGAGAUGUUGGAGAGUCCACGUAAGCCAGUAGCUCAAUGGUACACGCUCCAGGAACACGUGCCCUUUUGCACGAACGAAAAUAGCAUGGGCAAAUGCAGACUGAACUGUCAAGGCCAGUCUCGACAAUCAACUGUGGAAUCUAGCGAAGGGAGCGUGUAUGGAUAAAAAAAGAGGAAAACUGAGAGAAAGUCUUUCUCUACAAAAAAACACCCGAAAACCUUUCAUGGUUAUUCUACAGUUAUGUAUGUCUUGCUCCAUUUGUAAACCAUUGCUUUGUAUUUGUCAAUCGAUAUCUGCAGCAGAUUCACGUUCAUGAAAUGAGAAAUUGUUUUGAGAAACAAAGAUAAAUAGUUUUUGCGUGAUGUGAAUCUGAAAUGAAAAUGCCUGUGUGCUGUAUUGAAGCCAGUAUGUAUGGAGAACCUUCGUAUUUAUGAACUCUUUGUUCUGCGCUGAAGAACAAGGUAUGGCAGGACUCCCGCCUGACGUCAAAAUCAAAACAAAUUUAAUACGGAGAUGACUGUGUUCAUACAACAAAAUAGGACUUUUAAAAAGAACAUCUUCAUAAAUCAUUUUAGAAUAUGAAAUUCGUGAAAUGUCAAAGUGAAAAGAUUUGGAGAUAUCGUAAAAAGUAUACUUUUUGUUGUAGAGAAUUGAAUUCCAACAGCGAUUUGUUAAUGAAAAAAAAAAUGUUUCUGAAAUAGGAGAUUAGUUGCUUAAUCGUCUUGUGAAUAUUUUCACUUUUCGUACUUAAGGUGCUUCGUCCCACCGUGAGACUUUUCUUAUAGCAUUAUCCGGUGUAGAAUAAAGCUUGUAGAUCUGACCAACAUUCUUGAAUUUCCUUAUUCAUAAUUUAUCAUGGCCAACGUUGAAAGUAUCUCUCUGGAGCUCAUCUUUCUUAUGUCAGAAUAUGAUAAAUACAUGUUCAUAAUACAUCAUAAUGGCUAUUUGUUUUCGAAAGUCAAAAGUACUUUUACAUAAAGUAUAAAAAAAAAUAAUUGAAUAUUGGGAAAUUGUUUAAAUCUGUAAGGUUUAACCUCCAUGUGACUUUAUGUUAAUUUAUGGUUUACUUAAAAUGAAUAUUCAUUUUAAGCCAGGCAGCUUGUGAAAUAUUGCUUUCACCUCUCCCCCUCGAUGAGGAAGUGAAAUUAGUCUCUUCUCUUGCCUUGUUCUUGACUUGGUUUAUGAAACGAUAUCAUGAUGUAAUUGUUAUAUAUCAUAUAUAUUUUAUUCGAUUACCCGUUAUAUUUUUAUUCGAUUAUCCAUCAAUAUUUUUCGACAAAAAUGAUAUCAAUUGUUAUAAUUAUUUGUUUACAUGUAAAUAGUUAUAUAUUAAUGUUUUUUGCGACUUCAGCAAUUGAUAAGCAAUAAUUAUUUAUUUUCCAUGUUUUGAGAGGAUUGACGUUGCUUGAAAUAUACUUCAUAUUUAAAAUAAACAAAGAGUACUGAUGAAAACGACCAGGACGAUUGAAUUUCCUUCAGCUAAUGACUAGAAUGAAUACGAGAAUCAUUUCUUCGUGUAUGAUAGUAUAUACAUAUAAAUAUUAUAUUGUUGUGUUUAUGAAAGUGUCUUACGAUUGUUACAUGUGUGAAAUGAAUUUCCAGAUUUUUAAACGUUUUGCCAUUUAAUUAUUACUAAUUUCAUGACCUAUAUCUUUUUAUUGUAUAUUCAUGUCUGUUAAUAUUUAAAAUUAAAUAUUUCAAUAUUU